GGAUCCGAUACCAAUGCGAAUUCUCGAUUGACGAUUUGAAUCGAAGCCAUAGCAUUAAUAUUGAUAACACACCACCUACGAUACGAUUGCUAGCACGAGCGCAAUCUAUGUUUCAUAGUCGGGGCGAGUAGAACAGAAGCAGGACAGGGUCAUCCCUUUCGGUCAUCUCCACUAUUGAUUGAAUAAAUAACAACCGUACAAGCACCGUCCAUAACGACGCAACAGCUGCCAAGAAACGAUGUUGCCGGCCUUCCUUUUCAUAACGAUGUGCAUGAAAUGGGGGAGCCAGGGCAGUGGAGGUGAGUAUCGUCCACCCCCUCUUCCCACCCUUGUUACCCAAUCGUCGUGGAGCCACCAAGACGAUGUCGCAUCAUACGACGAGCACUUUGGCCUCAACAACACCAACACCGAAUCCGACAACGGCGAGCACGGAGACGAUUUCUUAGAUCUCACCACAGAUGCCACCCCAAUGAAACCAUUGCUGGCCUUGCGCAGAGGUGGCGGUGGCGGGUCGAAUGCACAAAACGGCGGGGUUCUCAAGGGUGGCAAGGCGGUGAUCACGAGGGCCGCCUCUUUCUGGAAAUCGACCGUUGGAGGUGCGGUGGAUUCCGUCAAGAGCAAGUUCCGGUCCGAGGAUUCCAAGAAGCGCGAGGCACUGCUCCAGGCCCUCGAGGUCAUGCCCGUCCGCCAGGUCGUCGUCCCGAACUCGACCGUUCUUCCGCCGGACGUCGUCCGCACCGCCGUCAAGCGGUCGGGGAUCAUCGGCGGCCCGCUCAAGAUGGACCGCGUCCAGGAACUGGCCCGAAACCUGAAGCGCUGGUACAUGCGCCAGGGGUAUGUUCUGCACAGCGUCACGGGUGCCAGCCUCGAUCCCGACACUGCCACGGCCAGCAUUUCCGUUGAGGAACCCCUCGUCUCGGGGCUCCCGGUCGACAUUGUCUUUUGCAAAGAAAUGGUCGUCGACGACGACACCGGCGAGCUCGUGACCUUCAAAAAGUAUCGGGCCAAAAAACUGAGCGAGCUGGAAAAGAAGCGACCCGCUGGGCUUUUUGGYCGGGCCCCGGAUCUGAAAAUCGACCGCAGCCAGUUGAAUACSACGCUGGUUCCCACCACCGGACGGACCGAUCCGACCAAGAUCGCUAAGGCYAUGAAGCUCAAACCGGGCACACCCUUUCGUUGGCUMGAUACCCGYUGGGGCAAGAUUGCAUCGAGYGGAAUUUUUUCCAAGGUUCUCAAGGCAUCACCGGAGCCCACUACGGAUGGCGGYGUUUGCUUACAGGUGUAUGCGAUGGAACCCCCUCCUCGACACCUGGAAUACGGAAUUGGAAAAUCUGUGUGGACCAAUUCCUGGGAAGGAGAAGUGGACUUUGAUUGGCGUAAUAUAUUCGGAGGUGGCGAGUCCGUGGGAGUAAUGGUGCGACGCGGUACSAAAGAUUCCUCUCCCAGCAUUAGGCUUCGGUACGGCGACGACAAGUUUGGCUUGGAGGGAGGAUACGAUGUGGAAGCCUUUUCCGACUUUUUGGGAGACACUGGGUCGAAAAAAGAGGACAGCGAAGAAAAACAAGAGAGCGACUCGUCGUCGGAUUUCGAAGAUUCUCUCCUGAGUCGGCGUGGGACCACGUUUCGUUUGAGAAAUCCGAUCAGCCCGAGCGUUGUUGCCAACAGCGUCGCUAGUGCCAGCCUGGAACGCACAUCUACCACAACWGGACAGCUGGAAAACAUCGGAAGUGCAUCGCUGACUCUAGGACCGUUCCGAAGAUUCAUGCCCAUGGAUGGGAAAACGAGUGUGUCAACCACUAUUUCUGGAGGGGCACGAUUGGUAGGGAAAGAAUCGGACGGCGGCGGUGUGGGUAGCAUAUCGUUCGCGGGCACUGGCCUCUUGCCGUACUCAUCGGCAUCCGCGACAACCAAACAAAUUCUUCCGAUCACCCUUUCCUCCUCACGAGACAAAAACAACGACAAAGUGCCUAUCUCUCUGGCACUCCAACACACAGUUUCUGCCUCUACCCCAAACCUACCGCGUCACGAAGCAAAGGCAAUGGGGAACUCCGCUCAGAUUCGAGGAGCCGUUGCCGAUGAUUCGGCCACGACAGUGGUGAAGGGGACCACCGAGAUUCGUGUMCCGGUUGCCGCUCCGAAGAUAGGCAGCGGAUCGGUGGUUUUGUUUGGCGACUGGUUUUGUGCCCAGAAAGAUAUGAACAGCCCUUUCUACUCCAAGUCAAGUAUCGGAGUGGGGCUGCGRAAAAACAUCCAGGGGCUCCCUUUGAAGUACGACGUCUGCUACUCGAGCGAAGGMAAAAUCAAGACAAUGUUUGGCAUGGGUGCUGACUUUGACGUAUGAGGUAGUGGUUACUUGCGUUUUCUUUUCAGAUUCGACAAACAUGACAGCCGCCUCGUCGAAAACUAAGCCAAUGGAAAAACAAUAUCCAAGAUCUCUGUAUUAAAAUAAAGCAUUUUCU